UACAAGCACUGACUCCUUAGUCAGGGUACCAACGUUGGGCUGGAGAAACGAGGACCACGCUAUCAGGCUACCUCGCUAACCUCAGACCUCGAAGUCCAUCAGAGAGGAGCGUGAACCGAACCCUUUCCUGUCUCACCCGCCCCUGCCCCCCCGAGAAGGUUGUGCUGAGAGACGUUCCCUGUCAUGGCAUCCAACAGCAUCUUUGACUCCUUCUCCAACUACAGCAGCAGUCUGCUCAGAGAGCCGCCCACCACUAGACGGUUCACGCCGCCCUCCACGUCCUUCCCCUGUAGUAAGCUCCUAGACGGUAACGGGGCCAUGGCCGCCCCGGGGCCCCUCAGGGCGAGACCCGACACCAGGAACGUGGUGGACGUGCUGGCGGACCACGCCGGCGAGUUGGUGCGGACCGACAGCCCGAACUUCCUCUGCUCAGUCCUCCCGUCGCACUGGAGGUGCAACAAGACACUCCCGGUGGCUUUUAAGGUGGUGGCCCUCGGUGACGUUCCUGACGGGACCCUGGUCACCGUCAUGGCCGGUAACGACGAGAACUACUCGGCCGAGCUGCGGAACGCCUCCGCAGUAAUGAAGAACCAAGUUGCCCGCUUCAACGACCUGCGCUUCGUCGGAAGGAGCGGACGAGGAAAAAGCUUCACUUUGACCAUCACUGUUUUCACCGGACCGCCCCAAGUGGCCACUUACCACCGUGCCAUCAAGGUCACUGUGGACGGGCCGCGUGAACCACGCAGGCACAGAGUGAAGAUGGAGGAUUCUCAGAAGCAAUUUUCGGAAAGGCUGUCAGAGAUCGAACGCUACCAGCGGACCAUGAGAAUAGGUCCAGUCAACAAUAAUCCUCGGACUCUUCCUCAAAGCCACCUCAGCACAACACCAGCACUGUGGCAGGAUCAGAUGGACACCCCAACUUUGAAGACGUGCAAGGUGGAGGAGGACCUGAGACCAUGGCCAGGAACGACGGAUCUCUUCCAGCAGAGGACCACCUUCCCGUCUCCGCUGACCGAUCCGCGCUUCUCCGACCCUCGCAUCCAUUACCCCGGGGCCUUCCCGUACUCCACCAACACUUCCAGCACAGGCAUCAGCGGCCUCAGCAUGUCGGCUCCAUCGAGAUACCACACUUACCUGCCGCCGCCCUACUCAAACAACCAGACCCAGAACUUCCAGUCCAACUCCUACCUGUAUUACGGCACAGGAUCCGGGUCCUACCAGUUCUCCAUGGUGGCGCCGGGGAACACCGGGGGCGAGCGCUCGCCCACCCGCCUCCUCUCCUGCUCAGGUGCCGGGGGCACUGGCGGCACCAACAGCCUGAUGAACCCGGGCCUGAACGCCCAGAGCGAGGGCGUGGAAGCCGACGGCAGCCACAGUAAUUCCCCCACGGCCAUGAGCGCCUCGGGGCGCCUGGAUGAGUCCGUCUGGAGGCCUUACUGACUGGCCCGGUGAAGGAAGCAUGGGAAAGUGAAGAGAACGAUGAACAAAAUACCGAACACUGAAAGAAAAGAAAGAAAAAAAAUGAUGCAUGUUUGUCUUUUAUUUCUGUAGCCUAUUAAGACUUUGUGCAUUUUAACGCUGACAAAAACGUCCGUGUAUUUUGUAAACUCUGCACUGUGCUAAGGCUUGUACCCUUGAAGCCUAAAAUAAAAGCCAUAGGAGCUGAGGAAAGCCAUACAGUUCACUUCAGCCUGAGUCAGCCCUUCAUGAGGGCGGAGGAGAGCAACCAGACUCAACGUUGGCCCCACCACUGACUCAGACGUCCCUCCAAGGCUUUGGCUGCACUGCUGAAACCAUCAGUCCUCCGAAGCUUUCAUUUGAAAUUAUGCAAACUUCAGAUAUUGAAAAAAAAAAACAUUUUCCAGUUGCAUCUUCAGCUGCUGGACUCAAAUGUACUCUCCAAGUGCUGCAUGCAGGUUGCCUUACAGACAAUACUUCCUCUGCUGAGACAGUUGACAAUCUUCCCAUUUGAUGAUUGGAGUCCCUUUUUUGAUUUAUUUUUAUUUUUAUUUUUUGUUUCACAAAAGAUACAACUCUGGUGUUUUGAAACUGGACGACACGGUUUACUUUUUGAUAUUUAUUUAAGCCAAAGUUUGAGGAAAUGUGUGCAUUUUCCCCCAAAAUCCUUUUAAGUAUUGCUCUCCAGCUUCCCUGUUUUUUUGUUUUGUUUUUAGAUUUUGUUUUCUCUUUACGGUAUAAGCAUAAUGUUAUGUCUUAGAAUACAUUUGGAACUCCUGUAAUAUAUUGGAACUAAAUUAUAAAAACAAAACAAACCUUUAAAGUAAUGAUUUUGUCUUCCAAUGUAGCUUUGAUGCACUAAAAACCUUUAUCCUGCAUGAACCCCGCCUGACCAACUUUGUUAGUGAGAUCAUGUGUCCUCCUCUGAAAAAGCGUCCUCUGCAGUGGACACAAUUUGGGGAAAGCCCACCUUUCUCAGGAGGGUAUCGGAAGCUUUAAAAUUUACCUAAUAUUUGCACUAAGUUCAAACUUAAAUUUCCCUCUUCUUUGCUGUUUUAUACUGACAGGCAUUUAAAAGCCUGACAAAGCAUUUCUGUACAUAUUUAUAAGACACUUUUGGGUGUGUGACUGUGUGUGUGCACACGUGGGACCCUUCAAUCAAAGAAGGGAGGAACCGAGUCAAAGCGGUGUCUUUUUACCCCCAAAGGCAAUUAUGCAAAAGAAGAAAGUCGGCCGCCGUGCACAGACCUUUUGUUCCGGUUAAUCUGUAAGCAUUUUGAAGCCUUGAUGACUGUAGCUUGUGGACUCACUUAUUGGUGCCAAUAUUUCACACGUCUGUACAGGACCAUCUUAGUACGAGCCACGCUGAGGUAUUUGCAGCAUGUACCAUAUCAUAUCUAUGAAGAGCUCUUCCACAACGCGAGUCACAACUUUAGAAUAUGCUUUGUGGUAAAGUGGGAGAACUUGUAUGGCUCUCUCCUCUUCUUUUAUUUUAAUGUUGUUUUUUUUUCCCCUGCUGCUCUUCUUUUUGUGGUUGAAGCAAAAACAAUCAUGCAGCUAGAGAAACCAAAUACUUGUUCUGUGUUUGCGAUGAAGAAAAUGUUCAUCUCUGAUAACAUUCUUAAUGUAAUAGUAGGAAGCCAAAAUGUACAAGUGAAUUGUAAUUUAUUGUAUAUUAGAGCACAAUAUUACUUCUGUUUCUUUCUAAAAGAACUAGCUUUUCUUGACCUCCUGUGGCGUCCUCUGCAGUGGACAUUCUGUGUUUGACAUCUUUUUAUUUUUUUUCCUAAAAAAGAAAAAGACUAAAAACAAACGUGCACUGCAGAGGACGCCGGUUCCUUCAGGAGGAUCCACCCAAAAAUGUUACCUUGCCUUUCCUGUCUGUUUUAAUGCUAAAAGCAUGUACAUCUGAUAUGUUAAUUUAAAAGAAUCCCUGUAUGUAUUAAUAUCAUUCAUGUUUCCAUAUGGAGUGCUUGUAAAGUUUUCAGAUAAUGUAGUUUUUAAUAAUUGUAAUUAAAAAAUGUGUUACACUUUC